CACGCUAGCUAAUUCGUUUUCGGCGGGUGUCACAUACAAUGAGCGUAGAAGAUCGUCUUUAUCUAGAGAAUCUAGAAGAAUACGUCAUUGACGAAAACAGAGUAGUAACGUACAAAUGGCUCAGCAGAACGUUGUCAGUCAACGUCAAUCAGGCGAAAAGAAUGUUGUUUGAGUUUGUAACCGAACAGAGAGCAAAAAAGUCUGACAAUAUUCUCAAUGUUAUUUACAUGGUGAGUGGACUAAAGCGAGACUCACCAACUGCAGAAAUCACACAGUUGGUAACAUUAGUCUCUGAAGAUCAACUGGACAAAGUGAAGCAAGGUCUUCAACCGGUCACUAGCGUACAUGUAUAUAGUGUGCAGAAGUUUAAGCCAAAGGACUUGAAUGUUUUGUACACGGCUGAUUAUGAGUUGCAAAGAGAGAAUCUUCAUGAGAGCAAUAAGUGGAGCUGUAUUACAUGUAAGGAGGCUGAACUGUUACCAGAUGGGAAAGUUGAUCGGAGGAGAACUGGUGUGCUUGCAAAUGGAUUGGAAGCAGUGAAUGGGAUAGUGAACAAUGGAGAACGACGAAAGGCACAAAGUAUGAAGACAAACGAAGCGAGUUUUACAACAACUAGCAAAUCUAAUAAAACUGUCUUAAAUCCAUUUGAAAAAAUGGCAGCUAGAGCAAGCUCUAAGAAGGCAGAUGUGCAAUGUGAACAGCACAAGGAUCUGACUGAAGAGGGUAGUGUAAAUCGCAAAACAGUGGCAUCGUUCUUUGGGAGACAGCCUGCAAGGAAACAAAAUAAAGAUGCUAAAUUAGAUACUGGUAGUACAUCAAAGACAUCUCAAGCAGCUGACUUGCCUUCUCAACACGACACAAAAGCUGCUCCUGAGAAAGAGCUUGAGAAGACUGAAAAGGCUACAAAUUUUAAAGCAUCUUUCUCUGGGAAACAGCAAACAAAGAGAACCAAAAACAUUGUUGGAUCAAAGUCAUUACAACCACUUGAUUCUUUAACUCCAGAUGCAAAGGAAUGUGACAAGAUGGAGUCAUCAACCAAGCCAUCUAACCAGCAAACAUCUCUCUCUGUAAUACCAGAAACUCCUAAAGCUGAUAUCCGAGAGCAAGGUCGAAAGAGACAGAAGCAAAGCAAGAAAUCAACUAAACGACGGCGUACUCGAGUUUUGGCUAUGGACAGCGAUUCUGGUGAAGAAACGUGUGAAUUAAAACAAGACUCAACUGUUGAAGACAACUCAAACCCAGAGUCACGUGAUCCAGUUGAAGAAGAGAGUGCUGUUUUGAAGCCUGCUAGUCCAUUAUUGAAGCAUCUGGAGAAGCCACGCAGAAAACGGAUAAAGAAACUUGUGUCAAAGACAUACGUCAAUGAACAGGAUGAGUUUAUUACUGAAAAGGUAUAUGAAAGCUGUUCAACAGAUGCAAGUGAUGUUGAAGUUGUUAAGACAGAAACAAUGGGGACACAAAAGAAAGCGUUGUCUACAGAGUCAACUCAAACAAAACAUUCUCCUCAACAAAAGACAACCAAAGUCAAAUCAGCAUCAAAUAAACAGUCAAAUUUAAUGAGUUAUUUUCAUCGUCCAAAGUGACACUAUAUGCAGUGGAAAGAGUGUACAAAUAUAAAUGAAUACAAUCGUGCCAGCAACGUUUGUUGUUGUUGUUGUUGUUGUUGUUAUGUAAAAUUUGAAAUCAAACAAAA